AUGGCUCGCCAGUCUCGUACAGUUUUUACUUCUGAUCAGCUUACCAUUCUUCACCGAAAAUUUGCGGGGGGAAUGAUAAACCACCGUAAAACCCAGUUGAUCGAAGAAGCGGCCACCGAGGCAGGCUUACCAGUCGCAAAAGUCAAAAAUUGGAUAACUAAUCAGAAAGCGAAAUGUAAGAACGCUUUCAUGCAGAAAAAAUCACAUGCUGACACCAUGAAGAGAUCUCCUUUGGGAUUCAACGUCUUUUUUAAGAACUUUUCUAAAGAAGGAACUGUUGAAGAGUAUCUGAGAAAUCAUCCUGAAUUUACAAUGGACGAACGUUUGAGCAACGCGAACAAGAUGAAUAAAGUGAUCAGUCACGCGUGGAGUUGCCUUUCCGAUAAGGAACGAAGGGCGUACGAGGAAGAGGAAGAAAGAGUGAAAGCUGCGAGAAUCAGACAAAAGAUAAUAGAUCAUUCGUUUAAGACGAUGCAGGACCAUGGGUGUCAUGCAGUCUUUACUAUAUUUGACGGUCACCACCCUCCGGUCACGUUAUAUUCUGGUGCAGGAAAGAAAGCUGUCGAGUUGUGGGAGCAAGUUCACAUGGAGCCGGAGACCCUCAUAACUUCUGAAGCUUUAACGGGUUUGACGUCUGAACCAGAAGAAAACGAAUGGAAUGAAGGCAAAAAAAUGCAAACAAAGCUAGCGUUCGAAGAGUUGGAGAACGCUGAGAUGGAUUCAGAUGAUGACGCGGAAUCGGUAUCGACGGUCAGAAGUAGUUCCACAAUUGCUGUUAGACGUUCUAUAAGACUGGCAGAGAAAAGAUAA